AUGGUACAGGACCAAGGUCUCUCUGCACGGAGCAGGAACAGCAAUGAAGAUCAAGAUGUCUCCAAAGAGAGUUGUACCAACGUGCUCGAGUGCUUGCAGAGCAAGCCGCGCAUGACAUGGAGGCUUCGAGCGGCGUGGCUGCUCGGUUCUCUUGCAUUGGCAGUCUGCAUCUAUGGACCGAGGGUCACUCCAGCACCUAUGCUCUUCACAGUGUUCGUAGCGGUUGCCUUGCCAGGAAAGCGAAGUCUUUCCUGUAGCAGAUUGGGACUGACAGAUGCUCAGCCUUUUCUGUGCCGUGGUCAUCUCGCUCGAAACUUGCGCUGGCACUUGCAACGAUGGCGGCUGUACGUGAAAUGGACAGCCGAUCGUGUGGACCAGGAUCUGCACGGUGUCUGGCGAUGCGUGCUCCCACUUUCACCUCGACAAGCCCUUGCUCGGGCCGUGCGUGGAGAGAGCCGCAACCUUCUCAUGUACCACACCGCUGCAUCUGCUGGCUUCCUGCUUCCACCGGAGGUGGUUGCAUGUAGCCAUCUCCCGGAGCCCGGCCUUCGAGCCCACACUGUCCGUCUCUUGAAAGAACGGUGGGAAAGCGAAGCCAAGGACCCGCUGGCAUCCAUCCCGGAACUGAGUGAAAGAAGCUACAAAGGCACCUGGAGGUGGGGACGGACCCGGGCCAGCGAGAUGUUUGCAAGGACCGUCCAGCCAUGCAGGCUGCGUCUACCUGCAGCCAGGUUUGCAGCUGCAGGAUCGCUUUUUCGAAUUCGAGGCGCAGACUCCACAAGCGCGGUCACGCGAUCGACAGCAGCACCGUUCACGAGGUCGCCGGCUGGGCAAGUUGGGCGUGGAUCAGACAGCUCACACGGGUUCCCCGGGGCAGCAUCGUCGGAGGCAGCUUUCAACCUCGCGAGUGGCCAGCAGACAAUGAAAGUUGGUAAGUACAAAGGCAAAACUUUCACGGAGAUUUAUGCGCAGGACCCGCAGUAUUGCAGGUGGGUGUGCGACAUUGCAUUGACGGGAGAGAAGACAACCGAUUCGCUCAAGAUCUUUGCUGCUUUCGUGCAGCACAGGUGGCUUUUAGCCAUUCGGGAUCUGUUUCGCGAAUCGAGACCAAACAGUUUGCGAAGCCAUCGCUUCGCUGUGACCGGUCAGCCUGACGACAUGUCGCGCGAGCUGCUGGAAAGCUUCAUCCGUGUCCUGGGUGGCGAGGCACGACCUCAGGUUGCACCAUCUUCCAAACCGGCAGCGACAGGGGUGGUAGUGGCUGGCUCUACACUUUAUGGAGGAAAGCCCGUGCAGCAAAGCUCGAAGCUAGAGAAGGCGGCCGCCGGAGGAAUACCUGUCCUGACAUUGGAGGACCUCCGGAAACUGGCGAUUCAGGCCCAUCUAGACUUCCUAGUCCUAGACGACACAUGGAGCUUGCAGCGCGCAAGCAUGCAGGGAAGCGAGGAGAGCUCCUCCAGCGAUGCUGACUCAGUUGAGAACUUUGACAGAUCUUCGAAGCCUCUGCGUCAACCCGCCGUAGCGCGGCUGCCGAGUCACAGCAGUGACAGCGACAGCAGUGCAGAGGUCCAGCGUGCCAUUGACGAGGAUGUCUCCGAAAGUUCCAGCGACAGCAUCUCCCAGGCAAACAGCCGAGCUCGAACUGCCCAAUCCCCUCCAGUGUCCAAGGCAAGCAGCCCGGCACGAACUGCACAGUCUCCUUCCUCUCCGCAUGUAGAGGCAGAAAAGCCAAGGGACCGUGACAAAGAGACAGAUGGCCCAGCACCAACGCCUCCAGAGCAGGUGCUCAUAGACGUGCCGACUGUGCCGACGCAGAGCGUUGACGUGACUCCAGGCCAAACGCAGAGAGAGGAAAUCGCAGGAGCGUCGGAUGAGCCGAAUGAGAGCAGGCCGCAAGUUGCUGGUGCACGAGAUGCUGUGCCAGACGUGGCAGAGGAGCUGCAGAGACCGACGGCAGAAGAUGUCGCGAGGCGCCAAAGAGAGCAGCGAUUGCAGACCCGUCGCCUGGAAGCAGCUCUUUGGAAUUCGCUGUGCAUGGAAGAUAAGGAUAAGCUUCAGAAUAUGCUGCAGGUCAUUGAGGACUCCAAAAGCCAACUUCGUCGAAGUGGUGCUGAAGAAGUGGAUCUGCAGUCGGUUCUGGACAGCAAGGAGCCCUUGCUGCCGAAGCCCCGCAAGCACUCCAUGAGAGCGCGAGUCUACGACAUUCUGGAAGGGAAGGGGCCAUACGGAUCCACGUACAGCUUCUUGCUGACCAUUGUGAUUCUGGUGAACAUCGCCUCCUUUAUGCUGUCUACCGAGCCGAGCAUGGCCGAGCACCAGCCACUGUUUGACAGGAUCGAGAUGGUGACGGUGUGCAUUUUCACCUUCGAGUAUGUUCUUCGCUUCAGCACCCGAGCAGGGUCAUGUCUUGCCCGCAUCACGUGGGUCUUUACAAACUUUUUCUCCAUCGUGGACCUCGUUUCAAUCAUGCCGUUUUAUGCGGACAUUCUGAUCCCAGGGCGACAGAACUACUUGGCGACGCAGUGGGUUCGAGUUGUGCGGCUCUUGCGCCUUUUGCCGUCGCUGCCAUACGAUGUCAUCUGGAAGAAGAGCUACAAGUUGCUGAUGGCAAGUGGCUUUGCCGGGUGCACCGUCUGGGUGAUCUGUGCAGCAUUGUACUACUGGUUCGAGAAAGACAAUGCAGACAUGAUCUAUUGUCCAGAUGAAGAUGGCAAGAAAGAGGGCCUUUGUUGGAACCGCUUUCAUUCCAUCCCUGCAGCAAUGUAUUAUUCGCUUCUGAACUUCUUCGGAGAGUUCCCACUGGCGGACAAGCAUUCACUCGGUGGAAGAUUCGUGGGCGGUUUCAUUCAGGUCAUGGGAGCAGCCGUGAUGGCAAUUCCCGCUGGAGCACUUGGCAAUGCAUUUUCCGAAGUUGUGGAAAAGGAGCUCUCUGCAAAGGAGCAGGACCUAGCAGGUGGAGUAGAUGACGACUCCGUCGCAGACGCCAGUCGCAAGGCCGAGGUCGUCCGCUGCCUUGACGGCGAGCGAGAGGUGCGGACCUAUCGAGUAGCCGACGUAACUGUCGACAUGGCAGACCUUUGGUUCUCGCUGCUGGCAUUUCUGGUGACGACGUCAUCGGCUCACUUCAUACUAGGGACUGUGCACAACUUGCCCGUGAAACUGGACGAGUUGUUCUUCCUUUUAUACGCCUUCGAUGUCCUAGCCACGCUGGUUUUCUGCGUCGAGUAUUUCUUCAGGAUUUGCUCUGCCAGGGCACCUGCUCGGUACUUGCUGAGCGGUUUCGGCGUUGUUGAUGGCUUGAGUGCAGUGCUACCAGCUGUUAGCUAUGUUUAUCCACGCCCCUUGUUUCGGGCGUUCACGACUCUCAGAGUUCUCAAGCUGGAGCGGUACAUCGGUGCCUUCGGCACUUUCAAAAACAUCCUCUAUCAGAGCAGGUCCGUGCUGUUUGUGACAGGAGGGGCUGCUGCCGUUCUGUGGGUCAUCUUUAGCACGCUGAUGUACUAUGCCGAGCGGUACAACCCGGACCCUGACAUGGCCGGCACCUUGCAACAGCACAGCGGGGCCUUCGGCACAGUGCCACUUUCUUGGAGCAAAGUCAGGUGGGUGACUCUUCUGAACCUGUCAGGGGAGGCCCCACUCUGCGAGUACACGCCGGUCGGGAAGUUCAUUUCUGCUCUGAUGGGAUUGAUCGGCGUGGGCUUCGUGACGAUCCCUAUGGGCUUGCUUGGUUCUGGCUUUCAGGACUACCUGGAGCAGGAGGACGACGACGAUCCUGUUGCGAAGCCAGCAGGGCAAGCAAAGCCCGAGAGCGAGCAGAGCGAGCGCUCGUUCCGUCAACUAGUGCACAAGUUCUUGCAAGGCUCAGCAUCGAACCAGGUGGAGGACCUGAAUGCUUGGGAAGCUCGUGCGGUUUACUUCGAGCGAUGCAUUUUCCUGGCCAUCUUCGUCACUGUUCUUGCCGCCAUCAUGGAGACGGUGGACGGCUUUGCACCAUCAGGGUCCUUGAACCGUGAUGCAUUGAAUUUCAUUGAGAUAACGGCCACACUUCUCUUCACAGUGGAGUACGGACUGCGAUAUUACACGGCGCCGGAGGUGCCAUAUUGGGCAGAACAGGGAUACGUGAGUGACAAUGCGGCCAGAUUCGGAUUUGUAACCUCGCUCCCGGCAUUGAUAGAUCUGACAGCAAUUGCACCCUAUUACCUUGCUCUUUGCGGAUCGUCUGUGGCAGACCGUUAUGACGGAGAGCUGCGAAUGUUACGAAUUUUCCGUUUGUUGACGCUGGACAAGUAUAUUCCUUCCGUGUCCCUCAUCGGCCGUGUGUUCCGGAAGCAUUCCAAGGAGUUUCAGUUGGCUGCCUAUGCCGCUGCGGCGAUUUGGCUGAUCUUCUCUGCCCUCAUGUGGCUCACCGAGCGGCAUGAUCCGACACAGGUUGACGACCUGACCAUGGGUCAGCGAUAUGGCAGCAUGCCAGAAGCCAUGCCCUACACACUGGUCCACCUGACAGGAGACUAUCCGUUGAUCGAUUACGACUUCCCUGCCAAGUGCGUUCUGUUUGUUGCCUUGCUCUUCGCUGUCGGGGUUGUAGCAGUUCCAACAGGCUUGCUUGCAUCGGGCUUUGCACAGGAGCUCACGAAGUACCGCGAAGAGCAGAGACGGCUGAGAGAAGAAGCUGCUACAAAAAUCGAGAAGGCACUUCGGCAGUACAUUCGAAGACGCCGUCUUCGGCAGGUUGCUACCCGCGUCCAGGCGCAGAAGACAGUGUUGCGCGAGUUGAAAGACAAAGCUUUCAAGGACAACCCUUACAAGCUGCGUAUGGUCAAGUUCCUGGAGCAGAAGACGACCGCCGGCCGUUUGUGCAAGAAGGCGAUGUUCCUCCUGAUCAUUCUCAAUGUGUUGGCUGUGAUUGCCGAGAGCAUGUCUUGGGUGAAAGAGGCAGCAGGAAGCUAUGUCCUCAAUGGUUUCGAGCUCUUCAGCGUGCUGGUCUUCACCUUCGAGUACUCAGCGAAUGUUUGGAGCGCGCCCGCAAACAGCAGGUAUAUGUUUUGCCGCAGGAACUACGUUUGCUCUUUCUUCGGUAUUGUUGAUCUUGUGACUGUCGCGCCGUUUUGGAUACAGACGGUGAUGUGGCUCAGUGGGUUGCAGUUCAACGCAUUCGUCUUCCGCAUCGCGCGUCUACUUCGCAUUCUCCAGCUGGAAGAUUUCGUUGAGAGCUUCACGCUGCUGGAUGAUGCCUGGCGCAGCUGCAGAGAAACGAUGGUUGCAACCGGGUUCAUGGCACUGCUAGUGUGGAUAUGUGGUGCGGUGCUCUUCUAUGAGUUCGAGCAGGACAAUCCUGCCAUGGAUGGUGCCUUCAAGGAUCUUCCGUCCAGCAUGUAUUUUACCAUCAUCUUUUUGGGCGGGGAGUGGGCGAUGAUUGAUUUUACUUCAGGUGGAAAGAUUGUCUGUUUAGUGUACUGUGUUGUUGGUAUCGGGCUGUAUGGCAUCCCUAUCGGUGCCGUGUUCGAGGCAUUCAGCGACGUCCUGGCAGACAAGGAGGACGAGCAGGACGAGUCUGCGGAGGUCUGCUUCCCAACCGCCAUCAAUUGUGCAUGGUCGGAGAAGCCAUCGAUUCAGAUUGACCCAGCAUGUCAAGACUUGCGCCGUCGACUGGAGAAAGCUGAGCAAGAGGCUCGGCUGGCAAGAGAGCGGGAGCUACGCAGCAUUGACCAGAUCACUCGCUGGGACAGCAAGCGGUUGCACUGCGAAGAGGCCAGCGAGGGUGUGGAAUUGUUGCGCCUGUCCUUGGACAACGUAAAGGCUGAGCUAAAGCGGCUGGAGCAUGAAGCAGAGCCAGGGCGCUCCUGGCUUCAUAGUCUUCGUGAGAGGCAGAUGGCAAGUCAGGAGAAUGCCAGACUGAGCGCCUCUCGCUUGACAACUCUGAAGGCUCAGUAUCCGCAGCGCGUCGCAGAAAUGAAAGCGUCACAGGUGCAAGAAAUCGCAGACCUACGCAGUUCGCAGGCUGAGGAGCUUCUGAAGCUGGAAGUUGAUUGGACGACACAGGAUGACUUCUUUGACCUGCUUCCAAUCGAGUACCCUUUUCAGGCACCGGAGGUUGGGAUCGACCCUGUGGCAGGACGGCUUCUAAGAGCUUGUGGCAGUCUUCAAAAUCUGACAGCUCUGGCCAUCGCCGCGUCGCAACUUCACAGUUUCAAUGUCAAGCCCGAUGGCUCCUAUGAUCUGACACUGCCCCAGUUUGACCUGGAGUUGAAUAGUGCCGAAGUGUCUGAGCUUUUGGGGACGUGCCGGCAGUUGUUCGACAGCUAUGCCCAGCUGGCAGCCUUAGACUUCGAGGUACAGCUCCGGUGCAGCGGUGAAAGUUUAAACUGUGCUGCUCACUCCAUGGCGGUCCUCCGAAAAUCAUCAGAUCUCUGCCAAACUGCGUGCCAUGAUCACCACUACGGCGACUACGCCAUGAAUCUUCUGACCAUUUCCGAUGUCGCCGAACGCUCUGCUGCCCGCAUGUGUUCUGUUGUCGUGGGCUUCUGCCAAUCUCUUCAAGAGAGCCAAGCUGGGGUGACCGGCUUUGCGGGCUUUGCUAGGCAAGCUGCAGCCGAGAUUCGCAUAUUUCUGGAUCAUGCCUUCCAUGUUCUUUCGUUCUUGCCUAUAGGUUUGCGUGCCUUGCAACCUUUCUCGGAUCUACUGGAACAUGGCUCCCCAGCUUUUCGGCAUGUUCCAGUCGCCGGCUUGCGUUGGGAUGUCCUCCUGCACAUUCUGGGAAGUUUCGGCGCCGCAGAACGUUCCAGAGGCCUUCGUGUAGCUGAGAUAGGGGUCGAGAAGGGCAUGACCGUCACCUUCCUGAUGAAGCACGAGCCAGCCAUCGUGGACUAUUAUCUGGUGGAUCCCUGGCAUGUCCCAGGCAAGUCCCAAGAAAGCAAUGGUGUGCUCCAGUCGUACUAUGAAAACCUGGAAGCCUGGUCCAGUGAGGAGCCAGCUUUCCAGCGCAAUGGUCGCAAGGCAGCCCACGUCCUGCGCCAGAGUUCAGAGGAAGCAGCAGGCCAGCUUGGCACCGACUACUUUGACCUGGUCUUCAUUGAUGCAGAACAUACAUUUGAAGCUGUCCGCCGAGAUAUUCAGGUCUGGAAACGUCGAGUGCGACCCGGUGGUAUCCUAGCAGGUCAUGACUUUUCUUUAUUCCACCCCGCAGUUUCUUUGGCGGUUCUGGUGGAGUGUGGACCGCUGAGCGAUGAUACUGGCCGCUUCCCGCUGCAGUCGGAACUGGAGAAACCCAUCAUCCACCUGUCUGCAGAUUCUGUUGCUACUGCCAUGAUUUGCCGUGUUUGGUUUGGGAAAAGUGGCGGGGUGUCAGACAUGAAGUCCAAUCAUUCCGAGGAUGUCCGCAGCUUGAAGCAGAGCUUGGAGGAGACGACACGCCGUUCCCAGAGGAUGACCCGUGAUCGGGAUGAUGCACGUGAGCAAGCUGUUGCGAGACAGCGAGAGGGCUCCCGUCUUCAGCAACAAUGUGCUGACGCCCGCCACGAGGUUCUCGAGAUGUCGGCCCAGGUUCGCCUGAUGCAUCCGGCGCCCGGGCCCGGGCAGGGUUUGACAAGGUCCGUUUCUGCUUCCUUCCUCGAUUCUCCGCUCCUCUCCAUCAAGGAUGCCCAGUGCACAGAUGCCGAGAUGCUCGACCUGAGGCAAAGAUGCAAGGAAUUGGAGCGGCAGUGUACCAGGAUGCACAGCCUGCUGGAGAGGGGACAAGAGGCCUGUGAACGGUGGCGCCGUCAGGGGAUAAGUGCAGCUGCUGCCGGCAUAGACAGUGCCGACGAUGCUGGUGGGCGACCUGAGCCUUUUGCGCUCGGACCGCAAGAUUCCAUGGAACCAGCCAGGACUGAAGGUCCUGCUGCCUUAGAGUGGGCCCGUGAGGAUAAUGUCGUGCCGCUUGUUGGCGCUGAUGCAGAGGAAGAUCGAAUUGAAUUGGAGGCAUGGUGUCGAAGAUUCUUCGAAGAGUGUGAAGCCAGUGCUGCUGGCUCUGAGUACGGAGGAGCGUCAGAUGCCGAGUCGCUCUUGAGCAACACGCCUUCCACCAGGACGAAAGCGGAGCACCAUGGUGCACGCCGUCGUCGCUGGAAGGCUGUAGCAGCUGCAGCUGCGGUAUUCAUGGUAGUGCUGCUAGUGGCUUGGAUGGUCUGGAAACAAGGAGGUGUAUCGAAGCACAUGUCCCAGGCGAAGGAGCAGGCCCAAUCGACUGCGGAAUUGCAAGACUCUUUCGAAAAUUGGUUCGUUCAAUCUCGGCCAGAGUCAACCUCAACAACAGCGGCACCAUCAUCAUCAUCAUCGUCUCUGCAGCAGCAUCAACAUUCCACCAAGCCAAGCACACAGAUGCCCACGAUCGCUGGAGGCGUAACUUCUGCAGCGGUCACCACUGACACAACGACUUUAUUGACCUCUACAACCGUCCACGAAGUCUGCGCUGAUCUGGGAGAAGGUCGUUUUCCUGCGGUGCCUGCUGGUGGCGAAUAUGUCAAUCAGUACGACCCGGACAACCAAUUGAGGAUCGCAGCUGAUCCGCGCAGAAGCAACAACUACUUCAUAGUCAUCGGUGAUUGGGGAAAGGCUUUAGAUGCCGGGGGGCCUGGCAGUUGCCAGCUGAAGGUGGCAGACCUGGUGAAGAGCUAUGUCCGAGCACAAAGACAGGCCGGCAAGACUUUGCUCUUCAUUGCUUCCGUCGGAGACAACUUCUAUUGGACUGGGGUCACGCCAGAGGCAUGGAAAGUGGCAUGGGCCGAGCCAUAUGGCGUCAAUGAUCAGACCUCGCCGCUUUUUCAGGUUCCCUGGCUGGCAGUCUAUGGCAACCACGAUUUCGGUAGCCAUGACCCAUAUGCCUUUUGUCCACAUGUACAGCCGAAACAUAUUCUGGGCUUCCAGGCUUACUCCGGCAAUCAGCUCAACAAGGAUCGCAAUCCCCAUCGCCCAGAAUGGACGAGGCAGUUCUGGCUUCCCGACUACAAUUAUCACUACGAGAUCCCAGAUGCCGACUUGGAGGUCAUUGCGGUUGACACAAAUGGUGCCGUGGAUGCCAACGGCCAGCUCCUGAUGGAUGGCGCGAUUGGCGGAGACGCGAGAGGUCGGCGGUGUGCUGACCAUCUUUGCGGAGGCCACAACGUUUCCCAAGACUUCUUGCGCAAAGUCGCACGAGCUGGCCAAGAACUCGUAAAAGAGCGGGCCAGGAAGAACACCGUUGGCACAGUUCUGCUCAUCCAGCACUAUCCGGGCCUUUGCCCACGAGCUGUUUUUGAAUUGGCGCUACCGCCUGCACGCAGAGGGAAGGUAAAAGUAAUCUGCGCCUAUGGCCAUGUCCAUGAUCAGAACUGCGAUGUGAGGGACGAGAAUGGCCUUUGCAUCGAGAUUCUGUCUGGUGGCGGAGGUGGUUGUUGUGGAGCGGAGGUAAACCAAGCUGGGUUCAGCGUUGUGCAUCUGGAUGACAGCGGCGGAGUGGCUUCAGUCGAUGUCGAAAGCCCAAAGGUGCUUUUGCCACUCCAUUCAUGCAUUUGGUAG